AUGGACGAAAUUAAGGAAACGAGACCGGAAGAAAAUUACGUGAAAAUUCACGAGACAGAUAUUAACAUUACCUCGAAGGAAGAUCUAGCUUCGUUUUUCAAAAACUGGGACCAUGACGUCAAUAAAGUUUACACAUCAGACAUACCACAAAUAUGCAAGGAUGAACCGUGUCAGCUUGGUAUCGAUGAGGCUGGACGUGGACCAAUCCUAGGGCCUAUGAUAUAUGGAAUUGCCUACGUACCCUUGUCAGAAAAGCAGCUUCCCGUGGACCUGGGCUGUGUAGACUCCAAGACUUUGACGGAGGAACAUAGAGACAAAGUUUUUAAUAAAAUUUGUGAACACCGCAAGAAAAUAGGUUGGGCAGUAGAAGUCAUAUCCCCCAAUACCAUCGCGAAUAGCAUGUACCGGCGUGUUAAAUUUUCUCUGAAUGAUGUCUCUAUGAAAUCCGCGAUUGAACUAACGCAAUUAGUGAUCGAGCGAGGUGCAAAUAUCGCAGAACUCUACGUAGACACGGUAGGGACGAUCUCGAGCGUAUACGGAUGCGGAUACCCGAAUGAUCCGGAUACUAAAAAGUGGCUAUUCGAUAAUGUAGACGAUGUAUUUGGAUUCCCGCGUGUUGUCAGGUUUAGCUGGUCACCUGCUGAAAGGAUCCUGCAGUCGCACGCUCUGUCCGUUGAAUGGGAAGAAGUGGAAGAAGAAGAGAAUCGUGGGGAGCAGAAGAUCUCCAAAUUUUUCGCCGGAUCGUCCGCGAAGAAGCGACAUAAAUUUUUCAUCGACAGAUGCCUCUCCAAUAAUCCCAAUUUAUGA